AGUGGGAAAAGCCUGAAGAAUUGAUGCUAUAUGAGCAACAGCAGCAGAAUCCGUCCAAACAACAUAAUCAAGUGCAGUCUCACCAAACAGAGCCAUCUACACAGCAAGCUCCUCAGAUGCAAGUUCAGCUUCAGGGUCCACAUCGGGCGCAGCUACAUAACCAGGCCAAGCCAUUGCAGCAGCCUUCUCAAUCUUCGUACCAGGUUCCUGUGUUCCCAGCUAAACAAGGCACAAAGGAACUUGGCUAUGCACAAAUACCUCCGGUGAAUGAUCCUUCUAGAUAUCAGCAGGGUGCACAGGGGGGGUCUCAAGAAUGGAUGUGGACGAAUAAGAAUUGAGGAACUCGAUCCAGAUUAGAUGGAUGCAUUGAAGUGAAACUAACUUCAUUAGGACCAAGAACAUGAGAUGGAGCUGGGGAAGGAAGACACUGACUGAACGUCGUACUGUUUGGUUCUUCUUCGGCUGCAGCAGCUUCUCUUGACAAAUAUGGCUAGUAACCUGUUAUUAUACGCAUGUAUCAUAAUGUUAUUAACUUAGAGCUUAUCAUUCUAAGAUUCUCUGUAUUUCUGUAUUUCUGCUGUUGUAUAAUAGAUAUAGAUAUUCUGUGUGUAAUUGUUGAGCAGCUAGCAGUACAUUUUAUUUGUUUUAUUUUUAUUUUUUCUUCUUGGGUGAGCCCUAU